AGUUCCCAAGUGAGAACACGGGAGCGCAAGUCAUUUAGCUGUACAUUUUUUUCCCCCAAAUCCACAGUGCUAAGGAGGAGGAGGAGGAGGAGGCCAUUUCCUCCACCCACCAUUUUCUGUUCUAUUAUUAUCUCCUUUUCGUUUGCCCUCAAUCAUCUGUUUUACGCACUCGAAAAGGAGGUAGUAUAAGAUGGCCGAAGGAGAGGAUAUCCAGCCACUUGUGUGCGACAAUGGGACAGGAAUGGUUAAGGCUGGAUUUGCUGGAGAUGAUGCUCCACGCGCUGUAUUCCCAAGUAUUGUUGGUCGCCCCCGUCACACUGGUGUGAUGGUUGGGAUGGGCCAGAAAGAUGCCUAUGUGGGUGAUGAAGCUCAAUCAAAGAGAGGUAUUUUGACUCUUAAGUACCCAAUUGAGCAUGGUAUUGUUAGCAAUUGGGAUGACAUGGAGAAGAUAUGGCAUCACACUUUCUACAAUGAGCUUCGUGUGGCACCUGAAGAGCACCCUGUCCUCUUAACUGAAGCACCACUAAAUCCUAAGGCUAACCGUGAAAAAAUGACUCAAAUAAUGUUUGAGACAUUCAACACUCCUGCUAUGUAUGUUGCCAUCCAAGCUGUUCUGUCCCUAUAUGCUAGUGGUCGGACAACAGGUAUCGUGUUGGACUCUGGUGAUGGUGUCAGCCAUACCGUUCCCAUCUAUGAGGGUUAUGCCUUGCCACAUGCCAUCCUCCGUCUUGACUUGGCUGGUCGUGAUCUCACUGAUCACCUAAUGAAGAUCCUCACUGAGCGUGGUUACUCUUUCACCACCACAGCAGAGCGGGAAAUUGUGAGAGAUGUUAAAGAAAAACUGGCAUACAUUGCACUUGAUUAUGAGCAGGAGAUAGAGACUUCAAAAACUAGUUCUUCUGUAGAGAAGAGCUAUGAAUUGCCUGAUGGGCAGGUGAUUACCAUUGGUAAUGAGCGCUUCCGAUGCCCUGAGGUCCUCUUCCAGCCUUCAAUGAUUGGAAUGGAAGCUGCAGGAAUCCACGAAACCACUUACAACUCCAUCAUGAAGUGCGAUGUUGAUAUAAGGAAGGACCUUUACGGAAACAUUGUACUCAGUGGUGGUUCUACAAUGUUUGCUGGCAUUGCUGAUAGGAUGAGCAAAGAAAUUACAGCAUUAGCUCCCAGCAGCAUGAAGAUCAAAGUGGUGGCACCACCUGAGAGAAAGUACAGUGUCUGGAUUGGAGGAUCCAUCUUGGCAUCACUCAGCACCUUCCAACAGAUGUGGAUUGCAAAGUCAGAAUAUGAUGAAUCUGGUCCCUCAAUCGUGCAUAGAAAAUGCUUCUAAUUUUGCGGGAAAGUGUUGAAUGAUAUUUUAGUAGCGGGUCAGAUAUGCAGCUUGCAAGAUUAUAUUUUAGCUUUGUUCUCUUAACUUGUGAUUCUCAUUCUGGGUUGAUAGCCUUGAGAUGGCGAGGAGUUGAUUGCUGGAUGUUCCGACUGUUUUAUUGUGUUCAAUGCAGAAGUUUCAACUGUUUCUAUCUGAUCUCUCUCUCUCUCUCUCUCUCUC